UACCAUUUGCUGUAUAAUUCUUGGGUAUAAGUUCAAGUUAAUGUACAUGAAGUUUGGUUUUCUUUCGUAAGUACCUACCCUGAAGUUUUAGUUAUGUAUGUAAGUGAAGGUUCCUACAUAGUAGCAUCAAACAUCUGAAAACAUAUGUGAAAGUGAAAUAGUACCACCAAUGUUGGACUUAUAGGGGUGAUAAUGUGCCUGAGACGUCACUGUGAGCAUGAGUUUGACUUACCGCAGUUUAGCUCGAAUUGGGACUCUAGUGAUAAGCUGCAAGUACGAAGAAAAAGGUCGUUUGGUUCACUAUAUUUGGGUUCUAAGAAACGAAAUCAAUUACAGAUUCCCUUUUUUCUUGUUUGGUUCAACCCCUCGUCAAUUCAUUACCAUUACGGUCCGUUUGGUUAGUGGUUAUAAAUAGUGGUAAUGGUAAUGAAAUUUAGUGUAAAUUUGUAAAGAUUUUCACAUGUCCAUAACCAUGGGAAUGAAACUUUAUCACAAAACAUGGGGUUUCCUUUAUGAAUUUUCAUUACCACCUAAUACCACCUUCCCAAGUGGUAAUGGAUAGUAAUGAGAUUUUAGGAAGAAAAUGGAUAUCUUGUGAUUAAGUAGCAUUACCAUUGGUAAUGACAUUGGAUUUCUAGUACAAAUUACACUAUAAUGCAUUACCAUUCCCACCAUUUAUAACAUCUUACCAAACGGGCCGUUAGUGUAAUGGCUUCCCCCAAUUUGUUAGCUUCCCCUCCCUCUCAAGUAACAAAAUCCAUUGCUUGGUGGCAAUGGUUACCAUUCCCUUUCCAUUCUUUGGCUUGAACCAAACACUCGGUAAAGUUAACCUUUUUGUUACAAUUUUUUCUCUUCUUUCAUUACUUUCCUUUUUGAUCCAUUCCAUGGCUUAAAUCAAACAAGGGUGAUAUUAGAAACUUCCUGUAGUUGCUUAGGAGCUUUUUGUUCGAGCUGAAGUAUGCUUACUUGCCUCAAUAGAAUCUUGAUUCAAAUUUGGUCUCAUACUGUGCUUUCUUAAGUCAAGUUUUGAUAACUUGAGUAUCUCAUAGCUCAUUAUCGCUCCCGACUGGGCAUACUUAUGCUCCUGGCUUACUGGGGAAGGAGGAUCUUCGGAGUUUCUCUCUCCCUCAUCCUUAUCAAUAUGGCUGCUAUUAUGGAACGAGCUGAUGAAAAUUUACUUCCAUCAGUCUACAAAGAAGUUAGUCAAGCCUUCAAUGUGGGACCUGCUGACCUGGGGUAUCUGACAUUUAUCAGAAACUUCGUGCAGGGAUUGGCAUCUCCUUUGGCUGGUAUACUCGUUCUUCACUAUGACCGUCCAACAGUACUUGCUAUGGGAACCGUUUUCUGGGCAAUAUCGACUGCAGCAGUGGGUGCAAGCCAGAAAUUUAUGCAAGUAGCUUUUUGGAGGGCAAUUAAUGGCUUUGGUCUUGCAAUUGUUAUACCUGCACUUCAAUCAUUCAUAGCUGACAGCUAUCUCGAAGAUGUGAGAGGGACUGGUUUUGGGAUGCUUAGUCUCAUUGGUAGUUUAGGUGGCAUUGGAGGUGGUGUUGUUGCAACAGUCAUGGCUGGUCACGAAUUCUGGGGUAUACCAGGAUGGAGAGUUGCCUUCAUCAUGAUGGCUUGUCUGAGUAUUCUGAUAGGCUUACUCGUUUUUUUAUUUGUUGUAGACCCGAGAAGCUAUCCUUCUCUUGAAGCUUCCGAUAGGAACGCUUUGAUUGGGAAACAUAAUGGAAGUUCGGUAUCCAUCUGGAUGGAGUCAUGGACGGCAAUGAAAGCAGUUACAAAAGUUCAAACAUUUCAGGUUAUCGUCUUGCAGGGACUUGUGGGUUCACUACCAUGGACAGCCAUGGUGUUUUUUACCAUGUGGUUUGAAUUAAUUGGGUUUAAUCAUAAUGCUUCAGCAGCACUCCUUAGUGUUUUUGCUCUUGGAUCUUCAAGUGGUGCCCUACUUGGUGGGAUGAUCGCAGACAGGAUGACACGUUUGUAUCCUCACUCAGGCAGAAUAAUGUGUGCUCAAUUCAGUGCAUUCAUGGGCAUUCCAUUCUCGUGGUUUCUUCUCAAAAUGAUUCCUCAGUCUGUAAACAGUUGGCUCACUUAUGCAACCACUCUACUUUUUAUGGGUCUGAUCAUCAGCUGGAAUGGAGCUGCUGUAAAUGCACCAAUGUUUGCUGAGGUGGUCCCUGUUAAACACAGGACAAUGAUCUAUGCAUUUGAUCGUGCAUUCGAGGGCUCCUUCUCUUCCUUUGCUGCACCCUUGGUUGGAAUACUGUCAGAGAAGAUAUAUGGGUAUGAUUCAAAAUCUGUACACUCUGAUGGAUCGAUGCAGGAGGCCUUUGCUUUGUCCAGAGGACUUCUUGCAAUGAUGGCAGUUCCUUUUGGUUUGUGCUGUUUGUUUUACUCGCCGUUGUAUUUUGUAUUUAAAAAGGAUCGUGAGAAGGCUAGGAUGGCUAGUUUAAGGGAGGAAGUAGCUCUUAGUUCAGCAAUCGACAAAGAAUGAUCACUUUUCUGUGAAAAUUUGUUUUCUCCAAAUUUUUUAUACCAGUAUACUACACACGAAGAUUUAACUCCAGCAGGAAAAUCUCUCUUGUACUAACAGUAUUUGGAUUGAUUAAUCUCGAAGGGCAAAAUUUAUCAUC